CCUUACUGGAGUUUUACUCUUUUGAGUAACAUUUAGCCCUUUCACGGAAGGGUUUCUCAUUGUUCCAACCCUCCCGGGCCAGUUUUUUGUUCUUUGAGGUUAGUUCGCACCACAGAAAACCACGCGUCACAAUCUCCUUGCUCCGUCACUUUGGGGCUACUGAACUCUGUUUUCCUGCGAUAUUGUGGGAUCUGUAGUGCUACUGAAAAUGGCUGACAACAUUCGGGCAGGCUAGCUGGCAAGAAAAAAACUAAAACCCAUAGGGGCGAGUAUGCCAUUCUGGUGUAUCCAAAAUCCAACUCUUCAGUUGGCAAUGGCAAGAGAGGACGAUCUAACGAGUCUCUGGUCUCGCGUGCUGGCUUCCAACAUCAACCCUGUGAUGCACAAAGGUCAACCCAGCACCGCCUUCACCGCGCCCGCCACCUCCACGGCGCACAUCGAGUCGGCUCUCGCGCAGCUCCAGUCGCAGCUGCACCAAUCCUCGCCUCACGCGCACGCCUCGCGCCAGCUGACGCCCGGCGAGGAGUUCAACAUCGAGUCGGCGUCGGCGCGCCCGUGGGCUUCUUCUCGUGCGCCGGCGUCGGGCGGCUCGGCGGCGGGCAUGAGCGCGGCAGUGGGGGCGGCGAGCGCGAUGGGGCCGCUGAACCCCAUGGGCAUGGGCAUGGGCAUGGGGAUGUCCGCGGCUUAUCCCUACCUCCUCUACUCGCGCGGUCUCGGUGGCUCUAGCGCCGCGGCGGGCAGCAGCGGGGCAGGCGCAUUGCCUUUCGGGCUGCUGGGGGACGCUUCCGCCACGGCGGCGGGCGUGCCCUCGUCGCUGCCGUCCAUGGACGCCUUUCUCGCCGGGAACCACGCAUCGGCGGCGCCGGCUGCAGCGGGUGUGUCGGUGUCGUCCGACGUGUCGGCGCCACGCGACCUAUCUCUAUCCGCGCAUCCUGCUGCUGAUCUCUCACCCGCUACCAGGUCCCGCUUUAACUUCUCCGCAUUCGCUCCCACCGCGGCUGGAGACGCCACUCCGCAGGCGGCGGCUGCCUCCGCCGGGCUGCUCAACUUCCCCGGCCUCUUCGGUCAGUCCGCGAACGCAGCUCCGCGCGGUGCAGUCAGCGGCAGCACCGCGCCGAGCGACGCGCGCCAGGGACAGGGGCAGAUGGCGGUGCUGCCGCUGGCCGGCUGCGAGGGCUCGGCGCGCAGCGGAGGCAACGGCGGUGGCGCAAUGGGCGGCAACGACGCGGCGUCGGGGAUGCUGUCGUCGUGGCUGCAGCAGCACUCAGGCCUGGCGGCGUUGGAGCUCGCCCCAGCGACCGCCAUGCAGCAGUCCGCCGCCGCGCUCUCGUCGCUCUCCGCGCACCCGCUGGACCACCACCUGCCGCCGUCCCACUCCGCCUUUCCCUUCGCCCGCACUGGCCCCGCGCCCUCCCCCUCCCACGCGACUGUCCCCCCCUCCGCGUCUGCCGCCGGCAUCGACUUCAGUGGUCAGCUCGGCGCCAUCAUGCGCGCCGGCCUCACCCCCUCCCACGCUCACGCCGCCUCGGCCCUCUCCUCCCCCUCGCGUGGCGCCGCCAAGCCUCCCGGUGGGGGGUCAGCGGCGGCGGCGCAGCAGAAGCGGGCGGCGGAGGAGCUGGAGAUGCAGCUGCUGCCGCGGACCAAGCGCAUGGCGCCGCCGGGAGGCGCAGGGGGACUGUUCCGCGACGACGAGGGCGGGGGCAAGGCGCACAGAGCGGGCAUGGGGGGAAUCUCCGCAAUGGCGGGGCCGGGGUCGCUGAACCUUGGGCGCAUGGCGGCGGGGCUGGGGGAGGACGUGGCGCGCGCAGCGGCGAGCGGGCGGCUGCUGGCGUCGGAGGACGGCGUGCUGUGCAAGAUCCGCGCCAAGAGGGGGUGCGCCACCCACCCGCGCAGCAUCGCCGAACGGGUGCGGCGGUCGCGCAUAGCGGAUAACAUGAAGCGGCUGGCGGAGCUGGUGCCCAACACGGACAAGCAGGCCAACACCGCCGACAUGCUGGACGACGCCAUCGACUACAUGCGCCACCUGCAACACCAGCUGCAGGCGAUCUCGGCGCUGCACCCCGAGGUGCCUCUGGAGCGCUUUGUCAGCCGCUUCGAGCGCCAGCGAGGCGCGGAGGACGGUGAUGGCAGAGCAGACGAGAGCGACGGCGGGGAGGAGGGCGGGAGGAGGGGGGAGGGGGGGGGGAGAUGGAGAGGGAGGGGCGUGGGGGGGGAGAUGGAGCAGCUGGCGUUCUCUCUGGACGCGGACAAGCCACAGGGGGGGGCUGGAGGCAGCAGUCGAGGGUUUCAGCUGUGAUGGGUGCUCCCUCACAGAGCACUGCACUCGCGUGGCAUCAAGGAGACACAUGCAGUGCAGUGCAGUGCCCAACCAUGGCAGUCCCCAAGUGCACUGGCUCCAAGCAAGCCUUCAGCCAGUGUCUAUACAUACGGUGUCCCUCCCUACAAGCUGUACUGCAUAUACUAGCGUUAGAGCCCUAUGUAACCUGUGGAAUUA